GUUUGUGGUGAUUGUAACAGACGUUUCUGACACCUUUAACUGCUGAAGGAAUAUGAUUCUUGUUUUAGUUUUGCUGCGUUUAUGGUUGUGGCAUUUUAAUGGAGUGUUUGGUGUUGAAGCAGGUGAAACGAAGAGUUUGUCAGUGAUGGAGGGAGAUUCUGUCACUCUACACAUUGAUGUUACUGACAUACAGGGAAGUGAUGCAGUGAUAGAGUGGAUGUUUGGAGCUGAAAACCCAGAUAUUGUCAUUGCUGAAAUCAACGGAGCAGCAAAUAUCAGUCAUGUUACUGAUGAGAUAUUCAGAGACAGAGUGAAGAUGGACAGUCAGACUGGAUCUCUCACCAUCACAAACAUCAGAACCACAGACUCUGGACUUUAUCAAGUAGAGAUCACCACAAAUAAAGAAGCAGAGAAAACGUUCAAUGUUACUGUCUAUGCUCUUCUUCCCGUUCCUGUCAUCAUCAGAGACACUUCACAAUGUUCUUCAUCUUCUGGAAGUUCAUCAGUGUCUAAAUGUUCACUGCUGUGUUCAGUGCUGAAUGUGAAUCAUGUGACUCUCUCCUGGUACAAAGGAAACAGUUUAAUCUCCAGCAUCAGUGCGUCUGAUCUCAGUAUCAGUCUCUCUUUACCUCUGGAGGUGGAACAUCAGGAUAAAAACACCUACAGCUGUGUGCUGAACAACAACAUCAGCAACCAGACCAAACAUCUGGACAUCAGCCAACUCUAUUUUGUUCCCAUUCAGACUAUUUCUCUUGUGUUUGGUCUGAUCAGUGUUGUUCUGGUCAUUGGGAUGAUUGAUUCCGAAGCAUCUGCUUACAGACCACAAACGCUCAGACGGGAGCUGCAGGCUCAAAGAAAACCCUCUGAGGUGAGAGGAGCACUGCAUGGCUUGACCCGAAUAGAGGCAGUUUAUCAGGGAAGCAGCAAGUGGCCCAACUACCUGAUGUCACUGCCAUGGAGCUCAAGAGCAGAGGGUUCAACCCCUAGCGAGGAGAGAGAGGAAUCCAGCUCAACCAAAGCGAGCAAUAGCCCAGGGUAG